CGGAUCAGCUGUGCAUUUCCGUAUUCAAACAACGGCGACAUAAGUUUCUGGGGGAAAAAAUAGUCCCAAGAAAAAAGGAAGCUGUCUUUUCUUUCUCCCUUUCUUUUUUCACACACACGUACGUACGCAGCACAUAUUGACAACGACAACGGCGGCAUUCAAUAAUAUGGGCAACCAGCUUGCCAAAGAACAACAGAUACGACCAUCCAAAAUAAAGCAACACUAUCAAAAACGCAUUUUACAUCAUCAGCAAGAAGGCACAGGACGGUCAGAAAACGACAAUGACACGAGUCGCUCUAAUGACACUUACAACAACAACAACAACCAUAGCAACGAUCACCAUCACCAUCACCAUCACUACCGCCUGUAUCCUGACAACAAUAACAGCAACAGAAUGCCUAAACCUAUACGUCAUCGAGUCGUGAUAGCUGACAAGACGGCAACACCUGUAUCACUACUUUCUACACCUUUUAACAAUAAUCAACAACAACAACAACAACAACAACGGAAACAAAGAACGAUACGGAUUCCGAGGCGACAAAAACGACGCGAUACGCACAGUUUACCAUCCAUCCAUUCAAGUGAAGAAGAAGAAGAAAAAGCAUGGUCAUCAUCAUCACCACCGUUAGCAGCGAUAGAUGACUUUUCACCCCUGAGCAGUUCAUUAGGAUCGUCAACGGCCACUUCAGCAGGAACGUCCUCUUCGAUGAUUGUGUUUGACUCGGCAAUCGCUCACGCCGAACAUGCUGCGGCAGAUAUAGCAACGCGUCGUCAGCAACAACAAGUCAAGAUGAAUAGUUGGGUGUAUGAAUAUGGAAAGGAAAAGGAGUAUAAUAGACAAUUGCGACAGCAUUAUGUGUUGAAACAAGUGUUUGGAGGAAACCAACAUGUUGAAUUCCGAACGGAUCCACAGGAUAUUCUGGAAUGUGCCUGCGGGACAGGUCUAUGGACAUUAGAAAUUGCACAGACAUAUCCUUCAAGUAAUGUGGUCGGGAUGGAUAUCGUACCGCCGACCAGCGACAAGUCAGGCCUGUCGCACCAAAGUAUCCCGCCAAAUGCAACGUACGCGUACGGUGAUGUGCUGGCGCCACUCCAGUACAACGACCGACAGUUUGAUUACGUCUAUCAACGCGACGUGGCACAUAUUGUGCCCAUGCAUCAAUGGCCAUUUUUGAUUGCAGAGUUUCAUCGUAUACUGCGCCCUGGUGGUCAGGUGGAACUUGUAGAAUAUGAUCUGUUGUUCAAGAACCCGGGACCAGUCUUGGCAUUGGUGAACGAAUGGUACAAAAUUGCCUCAGACACAAUAGGCGUCGAUCCCAGCUAUGCCGAUGCCCUGCCUGCAUUUUUAGCUCAAGCGGGGUUCGAGGACGUCCAUGUGCAAGAAUUCGAUAUACCUAUCGGCGAAUGGCCAAGUGAUCCAGCACAACGACAGUUUGGCUUUCUGUACAAGGAGCAGAUGAAGGCAUUGUUUCAGAGCAUGAAACGGUGGUGGGUCUCUGAGCUCCAUGUCUCGGAGGAUGAGUACGACCAUGUUUGUUUGUCGGCUUUGGAGGAAUUUGAAGACUACCAUUGCAGUGCAAAAUGGAAGAUCGUAACAGCGACCAAGAAAUUCUGAGGGUUGUGUGAUACUAUCUAUACCUGCUUCAAUUCCCCCUUUCUCUCUCUAAAUUGUAUAUGAGCUGUAUCAUUUUCUGUGUAUAAACUGUUUGUCAAUAAUAAUGAUGAUGAUGAUGGAUACUGUGAGAAGAAAAAUAAAGGAGUCGCCAAAAUAGGGUUUUCUUCUGCA